AUGGGACAUUUGUUGGUCCGCAAAACGGCUGCUUUUCGAUGGAGUAUAGAACAUGCUGUCGCCGGUUGGGAUAAUGUUCUCUUCACUACCAAGUGGGUCCACUCUGUUGAGAUUGAUGCCAUGAAAGGUACAGACCUAAGCGCUGAAGAACUUGAAGUUCUGGGAAAGAUGAAAAUUGUCCUUGAAGACGCGGACUAUGAUCCGGGCCAGGGCAAGUCUAUCGCCGCUGGGCUGGCAAGGACGUGUAGUCUGGUCUUACAAGACACAUGGGUAUGGGGUAUCACCGUUCGCAUGGGUGACAUCCUAGAACGAUUGGCUAUGGUCUAUGAGCGCGUUAAUGAGGACAAUCGGCUACCUCAGCCGCAGUAUUAG